GGCUCCAAUACCAAUGAUGCAGCAUCACCCGUGCAAUCGGUUCGGAUUCGGCCUCAAUGCUCACCAUCAAGUUCAAUCUUAUCCGAUGCAACAUCAUCACCACGCUGCCACCACUUACCACCAAAACGGCCAUCACCACGCGUCCGUCGUGCCAAACUAUUCCAUCAAUGAAUCGAACAUGGUGCAUCAUCACAAACCGACAAACCCAUGGCCAACGGUGCCCGUUUCGAUGCCGGUCAACGUCUCCCUACCGACACAUCAACAGUUUCCAAACAGCAGUGAUGCCAACAACAGCACUGUGCCGGCCGUUCGUGACCUCCCGCUAACGCCACCCGCUGAUCGUGAAACUUCAGUUAUGCCCGUAGUUUCGUCGCCCAGUUCCUACUACAUGUUGCACGGGCCCCCUUUAGCAGCGUCCACCAGCAGCAGCAACAACAACAACAACUUGAUGAUGGGCAACUACUCGCAAUCUCCCGUCGACAAGUCCAUGACCCCACCUCAAGAUCACACAGUGCACCAUCAGAACCUUCAUCCCAAUUUGCACCACAUCCACCACGACCAACAACAACAGCCGGAAUCGGCCCUUGGAUCUUGGUGGUCUAACAGUGCGACCGCAUCCAGUUCGGCUGGCCAGUGCACGGAUUACGCCUUCCAUCAUCACCACCACCAUCAAAUGUUGGCCGCUCAUCAGACCAACAGCCUACACCAAUCGCCAGUCACUACACCGUCGUCCGUGCUGGACACGAGCCGAACAUCUUGCGCGUCCACGCCUCAAAACCCGAGCGAAUUCCAGCAACGGGUCGCUGCUGCCCUUCUCAAAACUCACGCCACGUUGGCUUCUCGUCGAUGCCGAAGAUGCCGCUGCCCAAAUUGCCAGGACCCUGGAACAGGAGCGACCAUCACUGGCCACAACAACAGCCAACAUAAGAAAAAACAGCAUCUGUGUCACGUUCCCGGCUGCGGCAAAGUCUACGGAAAGACGUCGCAUCUUAAAGCGCACCUGCGCUGGCACGCCGGAGAGCGGCCAUUCAGCUGCCAAUGGCUUUUCUGCGGCAAGAGCUUCACCCGCUCCGACGAGCUCCAGCGUCACUUGCGCACUCACACCGGCGAGAAGCGCUUCGCCUGCCCAGUUUGCAACAAGCGUUUCAUGCGCUCCGAUCACCUGUCCAAACACUCCAAGACGCACGAACUUAAACGAACGAGCAAAAGAAACAACGCGGGAGUUUCGCUGUCCAAGUCGACUGAAUUGGAAAACGAACACGACGAUAUCGACAUCGAAGACGUCGAGAGUGAUGACCUCGCCAGCCCUAAAUGGGAGAUGCCGAAUCACUCUUAAUCCUGAUCGCAUCAUUUUUAUCGUUUCCCCACAAAUUUGCAAUUUUUCUUUGUUGUAUGUCCAUAAAUGAAAAU